UCUUUCUUACACCCCCUGCGCGGUUACUCCUGUCCUGGAAGACAGCGGGUUUCACAGCGCAGCUGCGGAUCUCCAUAAUCCAAGACAAUAAAGAACCUCCAGAAACACCUGGAUCCAGGUAAGGGUUCUGUAUAAAGUUUUCUGAAUUUGUGGGGAAAAUAUACAGAAAGCAGAGCACAGACCCUACUGAUGGAAGCUGUUCUAAAUCCUGAAGGGGACAAUGACAUGUCCUAUGAGGAUGCUGAUUCUCCUCCAGCCUCACCAAUCAGCAUGAGUCUUCCUGAACGUACAGGGAGUUAUGACUUGGCGCAGGAGAGACAAGAGCAGCAACCUGCUGAGAGCUACAUCAUCAGUACACACCCAGAUGCAGUCUGGAACACCAACACCAACGCCACAACCAGAGGUGAUGCUCAGUCAUACGUGGAGCUGAACGAGCUGUUGGGGGUAAAAUGGCAGGAGACCGGUCGCUGGAUAGGGUAUGAGGAAACAUUCAAUCCAACCACUGGGACAUGGGGGUCCUCACACAUUUCCUGCCUCACCUUCAGAAGCCUUCUUCAACUCCGCAAGGUCAUGAGCACAGCGGCAGUGCUGUUGGACCUGAAGCAAAAUGACUUCACAGUCAUUGCUGAGACGAUUGUAGAUGAACUUCUGGGAAAGAAUGAGAUUGGGCCCUCAGACCGGGAGACCUUGCUGAAGGCAUUGUUAGAGAAGCGCAGUCAGACUGAUGAGAUCCAGGUUACCUCAGCAGGCAUUGAGAUGCAGACCUUCUCUGUCAUCAAACAGAGAGACACAUCUGAUAAUACAGAGGCAUCUAUUGUGUUGUCAGGUGUGGUGGACUCACUGCAGAAGCCAGUUGUGGCAUUUGUGCGACUGAAAGAUUCUGUGGUGAUGGACGGGAUUAUGGAGGCUUCUGUGCCUGUGCGUUUUAUAUUUGUCCUGCUAGGCCCUAUUGAGAGUGGCAUAGACUUCCACGAGAGCGGACGAGCCAUGGGUACACUCCUGGCUGACUGGGUCUUCAGUUUGGAGGCCUAUCUUGCUGAUAAUGAAAAAGAGUUGACCAAUGCCAUUGCUGACUUCAUGGACUGCAGCGUUGUGAUCCCACCCACUGAGAUCCAAAGCGAGACCAUGCUCCAGCCAAUCAUCCGCUUCCAAAAGAAGAUGUUACGUGAAAGACUCCGCCCUGCUGACACCCGAAUCCUAUUUGGAGAAAAAUCUAAAGAGCUGGAGCAGCCACGGGAUGAUCCACUGGCUCGGACUGGAUAUCCAUUUGGUGGACUGGUCAAGGACAUCAAGCGUCGUUACCAACAUUACCUGAGUGACUUCAUCGAUGGUUUUAAUGUUCAGGUGCUUUCUGCCAUAAUUUUCAUCUAUUUUGCUGCCCUUUCUCCUGCUAUCACCUUUGGAGGACUUCUGGCGGAGAAAACAGAUAGAUGGAUAGGAGUGUCAGAGCUGUUGAUCUCCACUAGCAUACAAGGAAUCAUUUUCUGCCUGUUUGCUGCCCAACCUGUGCUGGUCAUCGGCUUCAGUGGACCACUCUUGGUGUUUGAAGAAGCGUUCUAUGAAUUCUGUAAAUCGCAGGGCUAUGAGUACGUUGUGGGUCGUGCAUGGGUUGGAAUGUGGUUGAUCGUCAUUGUGUUGAUUGUGGUAGCAGCGGAAGCUAGUUUCCUCGUCCGCUUCAUCACUCGUUUUACCCAAGAGAUCUUCUCCAUCCUCAUCUCUCUCAUUUUCAUCUAUGAAACUUUUUACAAGCUUUACAAGAUUUUCCAAACUCACCCUCUGAUUAGGGACUAUGAAAAUGCAACUCACUGCUACAACACAGAUGACCAAAAUAAAGCUGUCAACAGCACAAAAGCCAGCAAGACCCUGGGACCAUGCUUCAACACUGCCCUGCUGUCUAUGUGCCUGAUGUUGGGCUGCUUCUUCAUUGCCUACUUCCUCCGUCAUUUCAAGAAUAGCAUCUUCCUCCCAGGCCCUGUUCGCCGCAUGAUUGGAGAUUUCGGUGUGCCCAUCGCCCUCUUUCUCAUGGUUGCAAUUGAUGUCCUUAUUAAGGAUGUUUACACACAGAAACUGAAAGUCCCAAAGGGUGUGAGUGUGACCAACCCUGAUGCCAGAGGCUGGUUUAUCAACCCAAUGGGAUUAAAACAAAAUUUCCCCAUUUGGCUAAUAUUUGGCAGUGUAGUUCCAGCUUUACUGGUUUUCAUUCUCAUCUUCCUCGAAUCCCAGAUCACCACGCUGAUUGUAAGUAAACCAGAGAGAAAGAUGGUGAAGGGCUCUGGCUUCCAUUUGGAUUUGCUCCUUAUUGUGGUGAUGGGUGGAAUUGCCUCCCUCUUCGGUUUCCCCUGGCUUAGUGCUGCAACAGUGCGAUCCGUCACUCAUGCCAACGCCCUCACCGUCAUGUCCAAAGGCCCUAAACCAGAGAUCAGUAAGGUGUUGGAACAGAGGGUUAGUGGGAUUAUUGUGGCCAUUUUAGUUGGUGUAUCCAUCUUCAUGGAGCCCAUCCUGAAGUUGAUUCCCACAUCAGCUCUGUUUGGUGUCUUUCUGUACAUGGGUAUUACCUCUCUAAGUGGUGUUCAGCUGUGGGAUCGCGUACUGCUAUUGAUCGUGCCCAAAAAGUACCACCCGUCUCAUCCUUAUGCCACUGGAGUAAAAACCUGGCGAAUGCACCUCUUCACCUUUAUCCAGGUGGUGUGUUUGGGCAUCCUGUGGGGGGUGAAAAUUACCAAAGCGUCACUGGCCCUUCCGUUUAUCCUCAUUCUUACUAUCCCUCUGCGUAUCCUCAUGACUGGACGCCUCUACACUACCACAGAGAUGAAAUGUCUGGAUUCAGAUGAUGCCAAGGUGACAUUUGAGGAGGAGCAGGGAGUGGAUGUAUAUGAUGAGUGUCCCUUCUCGUAAAUAAGUUAUUGCAUUUCAUUGAACCUGUGAGCUCCGGCAUCAUGCCUUAAGCUCUGUCAAGUGCCUUCUUGAAACUAUCACAGGAAUUAUAGCAUGGAACCACAGGAACAGGAACCACAGUGUCAAAACCAAUGCAUAGUCAAGCUUUAUCAAUAUUUUUCUAGUUUACAUGCACAUUUUAACCAUUUCCCCCUACUAAGUAGAUCAUCAAUGCCUUUUUUUUUAAACUAAGACUGUUUUGCUUCACCUUUUGGAUUUUUAGAAUUUAUAUUUUUUAUUAUCUAUGAAAGCCAUUAGCUAAUGGUGUUUUUAUAGCUUCUUUUUAAGCUCUGUGCAAAAGCUUUAUUCUAUGCAGCCAGUGUUUGAGAUUAAAUAUAGUAUUAUGCCUAUAAUGUUUCUACAUUGACAGAAGCUACAAUCUCUCUCUCUCUCUCUCUCUCUCUCUCUGAUUGAUAUGUGUUUCAAAUAUCAUAUCUGUAAAUUUCUUAUUCCAGUCUAGGAGUUGCUCAAUGAUUGUUUUUGCAGUUUAUGAGAUCACAGAUAUUUUAGAAUUUUGAGUUGCUUUGAAUAGUGA